AUGUCAAAGGAAAAUGUGUCCCAUCUUGAGAAGUCGGCGCCGACAUCGGCCGUCACGGACCUCAGCGCCGAGGACCAGGCGUUCUUAGACUCCGUGUCUGCGAAACAAGAGGCCAAGAUAUAUCAAAAGCUCGAUUGGCGCCUGGUCCCGGCGUUGAGCAUUCUGUACUUACUGGCCAUCAUUGACCGGGCCAAUAUUGGAAAUGCAAAGAUUGAAGGACUAGAGAAGAGUUUGGGGAUGAGUGGCACAGAUUACAAUGUUGCUCUGGCGCUCUUCUUCAUCUCCUAUGUCAUCUUCGACAUACCAAGCAACUACAUUCUCAGCAAAUUCAAGAAGCCCUCCAUAUAUAUCGGAUCCCUGGUCAUAUGCUGGGGAAUCGUUAUGACUUUCACGGGAGUCGUUCGCAACUUCGGUGGACUUUGCGCCACGAGGUUCCUCCUCGGCGUUUUUGAGGCCGGGUUCUUUCCGGGGGCAAACUACAUUGUCGGACAGUGGUACCCGCCACACAAGACACAGACCCGAAUCGCCAUCUUCUACACGGCCAGCGCUGCGUCGGGUGCUUUCUCUGGCUUGCUGGCGUACCUCAUCGCCAAGAUGAACGGUGCUGGCGGCUACGAGGGAUGGAGGUGGAUUUUCAUUCUCGAAGGCAUCGCCUCCGUCGUCGCCGGCUUUGCCAGUCUGUUCCUGCUUCCGGACUCGCCCGCCCUCUCCCACAAGUGGUUGGCGCCAGACGAGAUCCGGUUCCUGGAGCUCAACCACAUCAAGUAUCGCGGACGAUCCGCAGGAACGAGCCACAAGGUGGAGGCGCAGACGCUGUGGAAGGUCAUCAAGGACUGGCAGCUCUACUUCCUGGGGAUGGUGUUCAUGUCCAAUACCGUGCCCAACUAUGCCUUGAAGUUUACGAUGCCCCAAAUCAUCCAGAACAUGGGUUUCACGUCGUCAAACGCCCAACUGCUGACCAUUCCUCCGUACACCGUGGGCGCAAUCUCGGGCCUCGUGGCUUCACUGUUCGCCGACCGACUUAAGUGGCGCAUGCCAUUCCUCGUCGGCGCGCAGGUCACACUCAUUGUCGCGUAUGCAAUACUUGUCGCCAAGGCGGAGCACAUCAAGAGCAACGUCCCGCUCUGUUACUUUGCUGUACAUCUCGCGUGCGCCGGGCUGUACCCCAUUCCCCCCGGUGUCAGUGCUUGGACCGUCAACAAUCUUGGGCCGCAGAAGAGAGCCAUGGGGGUCGGGCUCAUGGUCAUGAUUGGCAGUGUUGGAGGCGUGAUUGGGAGCUUCAUCUACCUGGAUCGCGAGAAGCCCAAGUACCCGACAGGGUUCGGCACGUCCUUGGCGAUUGCGGGCGCCGGGGUGGUCUCUUCCUUGAUCUUGGAGGUGACAUAUUGGCGUAUAAAUAAGCGCAGGGCGAAGACGAGUGAGGAUGAAGUCCGGGCGAAAUACUCUGCUGAGGAACUGGAGCAGAUGGAUGACCGCUCGCCGUUAUUUAGGUACAAUCUAUAG